AUGGCGACCGUGAUCCCGCCCCACCGGGCCGGGGCCACACCCAGACCGCCUCCCGCCUGCCCGCUCCUGCCCGCUCCGGCCUUGCCGCCGUGCCGCCGAAACGUGCGCCCAACCGCCGGCAACGCAGGCACCGGUUUAUCUCUGGUGCUCACAGGCCCAGAAGGCAGAGGGGCUCUGCAGCAGGGCUCGUUCAUCGCCGUCUCUCGGUCCCCUGCGCAGGCGAAAGCUCCGCCACGCAUCAGCUUCGGCAGCAACUUCGAUGCCGAAUUUCGCCGCUUUGCCAUGAAGCGCUCUGGUGCAGGCAGCUUCCAGGACUUCUACCGCCUUCUGCAGACGGUGCACCAGAUCCCACGGGUGGACGUGCUCCUGGGCUACACGGAUGUCCAUGGCGACCUCCUGCCCAUCAACAACGAUGACAACUACCACAAAGCCCUGUCCUCCGCCAACCCCCUCCUCAGGGUCAUCAUCCAGAAGAAGGCAGAGUCUGAUGCCGGUGUCUUCGCCUCAAACUCCUUGCAGCGGAAGAAGAAGGGGCUGCUGCGCCCCGCGCACUACCGUGCCAAGCCUCACCUCCUCAUCGGCAUGCCCCAGGACUUCCGCCAGAUCUCCUCCAUCAUUGACGUGGACAUCCUGCCCGAGACCCACCGCCGUGUGCGGCUCCACAAGCACGGCUCUGACAAGCCGCUGGGCUUCUACAUCCGCGAUGGCGUCAGUGUGCGCGUGGCCCCGCAGGGGGUCGAGAAGGUGCCCGGCAUCUUCAUCUCCCGCCUGGUGAAGGGCGGCUUGGCCGAGAGCACGGGUCUGCUGGCGGUGAGCGACGAGAUCCUGGAGGUCAACGGCAUUGACGUGGCCGGCAAGUCCCUGGACCAGGUGACAGACAUGAUGGUGGCCAAUAGCCACAACCUCAUCAUCACCGUCAAGCCGGCCAACCAGCGCAACAACGUCAUCCGCAGCAGCAAGGCCUCGGGCAGCUCGGGCAUGUCUACGGACAGCACCCCCAGCCAGCAGACCCCCAGCCCAGCCUCACAGUACCUGAGCAACUACAGCACGGCCGAGAGUGACGAGGAGGGUGACCUGGUCAUCGAGAGCGACAGCGCACCCCACUACAUCCCUGGGGGCUGCCCCAACGGGGGCCCCGCGGAUGAACCCCUCCAGCGGAGCCUGUCCCCGCACAGCUCGCGGGGCUCCCUGCAGUCCCUCUGCAGCCACGACGGCAGCCCUGGCCGGGGCAGUGGGCGGGAGGACGGCACCCUCCUCACCCUAUAG